AUGUGGCCUCUGGAGCAAACAGCCCCUGUUGGAGAAGGCAAUGUCCUCGUGACGCCUGAGGCCUCGCCUCUGGUCUCGCUCGGCAGAAAUGCUCCCAAUGGGGGCGGCUUUCGCAGUGUGCGACCACCCCCUGAGGGAGCUUCUGCAGCGAACGCUGCUCCUCUUGCCUGUCCCCUUCUUCCGCCUCCUCCUGUUUUCCAUUCCAGGUUCACUAUUCGCCGGAGGGAUGAAGCUCGUCAAAUCAGGCCGCUGCCUCAGGAACGAUAUCCUCCUCCCACAGCGCCGCCUCCUCGAGCAGUGGCCUUCCCUUCGAGGCCUCUUCCUCGAGUUACAUCCUCCCCUCCAGCCUCUCAAACCGGCCCCAUCAACCACCCCAGCCUUCUGGGGUCAAAUCCUCCUCAACAACCGGCUGCCACGAUGGAGCAAAAUCCUCAACUCCCGUUUGUUCCCUCGUCGGCGCCGAUGAUUCGAGAGCAGGAGGCUCUUCGGGUGGGCAAUGCCCUUCGCACCGGGAUGCCGUUGAGGUCUGACGACCUGAGGCAGCCAAGGCCGUUGCCGUCGCCGCAAAGGCAACCUGAUCACCAAGUUGUGCAAGGUGGACAGCUACACCCCUGGAAUCUUCCAGGCCGAGAAGUUGUUCCUUCAGUGCCUGACGAUAGUCCUGUUGAGCCACAGUGGAGGACCGGGGAAUUUCUUUGGAUUCGUGUUGGAGGCAAGAAUUUCAGACUGCCGAUGCAUAUUUUAUCCGAGAGCUCGUUCUGGUCUGCUCUUGCUGUCUUCGAGCCGCCGCCACAGGGCUGGUCGAUCCCUGAUGUCAAUCAUGAGAUCUUCACCAUUCUCAUCGGAUGUGUGUAUACAGAGUUUGGCUUUCAUGGCACUAAAAGUGAAUUGAACUUGGUCAAGCUUUGCUAUGCAUUUAGUCUUGCCAAGAAAUGGGGGAUGGCGCAGGACCGAAGAAAGCUUCGAGAUACAACCUAUCGGUAUAUUGUUCGAAGAAUCUUGGGUCAUGACCCAAAUGUGCCUGAGGACAGCCGCAAUCUUGAUCACAGUCACUAUCUAUAUCGGUCAGAGGAGUUAUAUCGUACAUGGGAACUUUCCGCGAAGGACAGAUCCACUCAAAAGAUGCUCGCUAACCACGAUAUGAUUGCGUUGUACUGCUGCGUCAUCCCGCAGGAUCUGUGGCCGGAGUUGACAGCUCGUUUCAAGAACGAGUUUAUACUGCUUCUCCAUGUGUCAGCGGCAGCACGCAGAAACUCGGCUGGUGUGGCGUCGGGAGUGGACUACCGUAGGUGGUGGCUUCACUACUACCGCCUAGCAGGCUAUCAAGAUGCGAGCUGGCUGAGCCCUGAUGCGCAGCAUCGCCUCUUUGCACCGCUGAAUCCUGAUGAGGAUAAGAGCCCCCAGGAGCGAGCAGAGUUUGCGGCUGCUCGAGCACGUGGAAGCGCGUUGGUGAAUGCGUUUGAGGCACAGCAAGCACAAGAGCAGCAGCCAGUCACUCCAGUCACUCCAGUUACAACAGCUACUCCAGUUACUCCAGUUAUAACAGUUACUCCAGUCACAACGGCUACUCCAGUCACAGCAGUUACUUCAGUCAUUCCAGAUACUUCAUCUCGUGAGGAGUUCGAAGAUGCUCCUGAAUACCUCCCCUCAGCAACGCACCACCAGGAGACCCGGCGCGUUCGUUUUGCAGAGUCUCCACAAGUCAUCAUAUAUACUCCUCAGAUCGAAUUGUCGGAGACGCGGCAUGUUCGUUUUGCAGAGUCCCCUCAAAUUAUCAUAUAUACUCCUCAGAUCGAAUUGUCGGAGACCCGGCGUGUUCAAUUUGCAGAGACUCCACAAGUCAUUGGAAAUCCUCCUCAAAUCGAUGGGGUCCAAAUGCCUAGCCAUAAUGCAGUUCCUGAUCCCCCUGAAGAGGAGACAUUCCACGGAGAAGCCGCGCGUGCAGCUUAA